CCCAUAUCAGGUCCAAUUAAUGGCAAUACCAGAUUGGAAAUCAUAGGAACAGAUCUAGGAGUGGUUUUUAACGAUAUACUACAGGUCACAAUAGGAGAUUUGGUGUGUAGCCUGACUGACAUGGAUUCCUACUAUCAACCAGGGCAGAGUGUGAGCUGCCUAGCUGGAAUUUCUACACAGGUAACCUCUGCGAGCAUUCGGAUUACAUUAUGGUCUGGUAAAGUCUACAAGACUGGACAGAGCGCAAAGCAAUUCCAUUACAGGGAUCCGCUGAUCUCGGGUUUUAGCCCAACCCAGGGGCAAGCGGCUGGAGGGACCCGAAUCACUAUUACAGGGAUGUACCUCAACACAGGAAGAAUCAUCAAAGCUAGAUUCGGAGAAGCACACUGCACAAAUUUGACUGUUGAUGAUAUGACAGCGACUUGUAUUACAAGCGGUAUAACAAUGAAUGAAGAGACUUCAGUGAUAUUCAACAUGUCGUUUGAUGGAGUGGAAAGAACAUUCAGAGACUACAGCUUCACUUACAAGUUAAACCCAGUAAUUUCUUAUAUUGACAGAUCCGAAGCAAUCAUGUCAGGAGGUCUUAAUAUUGAAAUAACAGGGGAACGUUUUGAUCUGGUCCAAAUCCCCAGGAUCAUGGUUACGUCACCAACAACUAGCGCAUCUGAGCUUUGCAACGGAACAAAUACUCUCCUCGUAUGCCCAUCGCCAAAAUUUCCUGACGAUGUCGCUUCUACAAUAAGGAAAAGAGCACCUGACGUAAUCACGUUUUACGUAAAUCUGACAUUUGACUUCGACGGUUACAUUAUCGAUGGCGGCUUGAUAGAAUACUACCCAGACCCAAUUUAUGAAAGCUUCGAAGGACCAAACAGACUCUAUGAAAGCAGUAACAGACGGCUUGAAAUAACAGGAUUUAAUUUAGAUCUGGCAAGUAGGAAAGAUGAUAUUAAAAUUCUACUUGGACCAAGCAGUGUAUGUGAUGUGGAUUAUCUUAAAACCGAUGCUGUUGGGUGCCAACUACCCGAAGAGAGACCCCUCGCAGGUGAUGAGAAUGGAACACGCAGUGAAGGAGCUACGAGGAACUUACCAGCAGUGACGGUAUUACAUGGAAACCUGAAGUUCUAUCCGGGAUUUGUUUCAGCGUGGCCUACAGAAGGAAACACGUUGAUAGCUACCGUAAUACCCACUGUUAUUGUAUUGCUCAUCUUCAUCACCAUACCUACAAUUAUUAUAGUCGUGUGGGAUAGGAAGAAACGACUUGAAGUGAAACGCGCCAAGGAAGAAGUAGCUAUGGUUCGAAUGAACAUCCUGAAACGAGUUCGCGAAGUCUCUAGUACAAGUUUAGAUAUGACGGAUGUUGAUAACAGAGUUCAGUCUCAAGGAGUUCCUUUUGUGGAAAAUGUGCAGUAUGUGACACUGAUGAUGUUUGCCGGGCUAGGUGUUCACCCAGAAACAUCAGAUCCAGAGUAUAUGGAAGACUUUAUGGAGCAUUCGGUUAUCGUAUUCUACAGAAUGCUAAAAAAGAAGGAGAAAAUGAUAGAGUUCGUCAGGCAAUUGGAAACGAAGAAAACGGGACAAGGUCGAGAAAGAGAAUUAAUUGCAUCCCUGUUAGCAAUCACGUUCGUCAGUGAAUGGAAUUCAAUUGUCUUUACAGAAGUGAUGACCGCUCUUGUUGAAGAUGAAAUCAUGGGGGCAUCAGAAUCCAAAAGACCACUGGACAAACUAUUCACAAAAACUGAAUCUAUCACCGAGAAACUGAUCAGCAAUUGGUUUUCAAUCUGCAUGUUCGAGUACGUAAAGGUAUAUGGACUCUAUUCAUUAUUCAUGCUGUACCAAGCAAUAAAGGCUCAAGCCGAGAAAGGUCCUAUAGAUGCUGUGACAGGGGCUGCGUACUACACGCUGGAGACUGAUAAACUCAUAGAAGAAGAGAUCGACUUUAAUUCUCUUAACAUCGAUGUUGUUGAUGAAGACGACCAUGCCUAUGUUCGAGUAAACGUGUUGGAUGUUGAUACCGUGAAGCAGGCCAAACAGAAGAUCCUAGAUUGCCUUUGGAUGAAGAGUUUCUGCCUGCUACCGAGGGAUAUUGAUGCAGUUGACCUUGUUUGGAUCGAAUCCCCUGAAAGCUACACUUUGCUUCAGGAUGUUGACGACAUGUCCGAGACACAGGGCAAGGUCAUGUUCAAUACACUGAAGAGCUAUGGGAUUAGGAACGGAUCUCGUGUUGCACUGGUAGGAAAGAACCAGCUACCGAAAGCACCUGUCAAUGGUUACCAAGCUCUUGAUGUCAAAGAAUUAUCUUCGAACACAUAUGAAUCAUUGAUACCUGUAUCAGAUGAGACGAAUCGUACAUCAGGACCAUCUCAACUGGCUUUGAAUGCUGUCCAUUUAAAGAUUGAUGCUGAAGUGCAAACAAGGAAAGCAGUCAACCUGCCUGAUAACAUUAAAAGAAAGAGAGCAGAGCUUGAUCGGAAUCUUGCUAUCCCACACAUGCUUAAAAUGAAAGCAUCAAUAGGUCCAUACGUAGAUGGAGUCUUUGAGGUUAUGUUUAAGAAACCAUCCCGGAUCCCUCUACCUGUAAAGCAUCUCUUUGACACGUUUGAUGACCUUGCCGUCAAGUACACCGAUGGAAAAUCGUCUGAGGAAUGCGCGCAAAAUUGGAAGUUGAAUUGUUUGUCUCGCUUCUGGUGUCAAGUACUCACCAACCUACCAUCUUUGUUUGAUAUGCCAAGAUCAGAAACGGCUGAUCGAUGUGUCAUCGCUGUUGCUGAAGCCAUUACAGAUGCAGCUAGGACCACCACGCUGUCACAUAGUGAAUCAAACCAUCUACCCUACUACAAAGAACAUCCGCUACAGCGACAGGCGAUGUCUGACUACUGCUCCCUGAUAUCAAGCCAAUCAAAGGUCAAGUCAAGACUCAAGUUAACCAAAGAAUUUUCCUCCAUUACAAAGGAGUUCAAAGGUCAUUUUAGUCACCUUUCGAAUUUGCUGCACCUUUACAACCUCACCAAGGAUGACGUAGAGGGCCUCUUGAAAUAAAGUGUUUGGAAAAACAUUCAUGCCACGCUUGAAGUAAUACAUGAAUAUCAUCUCAUAAAAGCCUUUUAAAUUAACAUCCGUGAUCGGCGCCACUAUGUGGAUUUUGGUAAUGGGAAGAUCUUAAGAAUGCCUCCGUUGCGAACUAGGUGUAUUAUAACUAGGACGACCCAAUCAUACCUUAUGCAUUUUCCAUGUUCAAGCUUUCCGUUGUCUUAGUUACCAAAAUUUUAAUUCACUACUUGACAAAUAAAAUAACCCUUAUAGGCCAUACGAUUAAGAUUAAUACAUACCGUUAAUAACAAGUGUAUAUUCUUCCAGUUUUUGUCUCGGGAUUAACAAUGAAACUAAUUUUUUCUUUCUCCUAAUGUCAUCAAACGUCUAAGUAUUGAGAACUUCUCUAUGGCAUGAAAUUAUUUCGGAAUAGGGGGUAGCUUAAAUGAUUUCAAGAUAAACGAUUGGUUUUGUUUAUUUAUUGUAAAAUGACUAGUGCCGCGCAAGACAUUUGAUAAUAUCCAUUCAUGCCAUUUGUUGUUUGACCAGGGUAGAUUGUGUCUGUGGGUUCUCAUAAAAUCUGCAAACUAUUCACUUGCAUAAACACUUAUUCAAGAGUACAGUAAAUACGAUAUAUCAGAUUCCAUACCAAUGAAAACCAUGGAAAUAAAGAAAAUGUACUUUGAUAGCGUGAUAUUGCACAAUGCAUAAUGCAAAACGUAUAUUCCAUCAAUCCUGUAUCUAACAUCCGAUCUGUGUACAUACUUUUUAAUCUGUAUAAUAUAGAUAUGUUUAUGCAACUUGAUUCUGACGAUGAAUCAAACUUGAACUUAGAUCCAUAACGCCUUAAAUAGAGUGCAUGUAUGUAUAUUUUAUAUAUCAUUUGUAAAUCCCAAAUGGAUCAAAUUCUUCAAAUUAAGAUUUUCGUACCAGUUAACCCUAUAAUCGUUUCUAUCAUUAACUAUUGAAUUUGAUGGUGAAAAAAACUUAGUGUAUCAUAACAUGUUUUAUAUAGAAAAAAUUAUAUUUUUGAUAUGUAUAAGUGUAACUACAUCUAUCCUGUAGCGCUCUCUCUUUCUUACAGACUGAAAUAUGAACAUGAGUAGUAUUAGAAACAAGAAGUAAUUACAUGGUAAAUAUAAGUUAAUACUAUAAUAAUCCAGAAUCUAUGAUCUGUAUAUUAAGUUGUAGAUGUCCGUAAUGGUGUAUGUUCGAGUCAAUGGGUUAUAUUAUGCAGGUCUUAAAAUGAUCAUCGUUCUCUCUUUUAACGGAUGAGAAAAUGAAAAUGGGGAGUAUUGCUAACGCAGAGAGAUAACAUGGUAAGGUGAACAUGAGUCAAUACUUUAAUAAAUCAGAAUUUAAGAUUUGUAUAUUUGUAUUGUAAAUAUCCUUAAUGAUGUAUGUUCGAGUCAAUGAAUUAUAUUAUGAAUGUCUUAAGAUAAAUGUGUCUAUAUGAUUAAUCGAUAUUUUUUUACACAAUCGCAAAAAUUUACAUGUUUUUGGUAAGGCUUUCUCGUAGCUUGCGUUAUGCAUGUAGCUGAUGCAGCACGACGGAGUGUAUAUAUUAUAAAAACCUUAUCAUGCUUAUAUCUUCGCAUGGAUUGUGGUCUAGCCACCCCUUGUCUAACUUAGAUUAUCUUAAACACAUUAUCAAAACGUGGAUUUUUUUUUAUAAACAGAUAAGAGUCUAUUAUGGCCAAUGAAACAGGCUCUAUAUGACUUCAAAUUUAUAUCUGGAUAUUGUACGGAACUGAACUCAACAUGGCAGAUAAAGAAAAAAAAGGUUUCCCAGAAACAAUCAUUGUUUAACAAAGAAUAAUUAUUUAUAUUUUAAGAGACAUACUUUUACCAUUUUCAUUUAGUGCACAAUUACAUUGAGCAACCUCACUACCAACGUGGUGAUUAUUAAAAAGGCAAUGAUUUGAAUAUAA